AUGAUGAAAUUAUAUGGCGCAGACAACGAAAAACAAUCUCUGCAAGAAUUAAGGUAUAAAAUUUUUGCCGUAGCUACAACAGUAGCAAAAAAAGAACUAUCCUUGAAAACUUUAGCACCUACAGCUGCAGUAUUGAAACAACAUGCUAAACGAGUAUAUUACCAAAUGCAAAUUUGGCUGGGCUUUGAAUUAGAUCCAGUAUUGUGGGGAUGGAAAAGAACGACAAAUAUGCUGAUACCCAUAAUGAACACAGAACCAAUUGCACCUAAAGAUUUAGUAGAGAUGGUUUUCUGUGGAUGUAAAACGAAUUGCAGUACGGCUCGGUGUAAAUGCAAAAAAGCUGGACUGAAAUGUAGCUAUAGUUGCACAAAUUGUAAUGGCCAAAUUUGUGAAAAUGCUUCAAAUUCAACUAAAGUCAUAUUAGAAAAUGACGUGGAAGAACGUGAAAUCGAGGAAGCCGAUAUACUACCUGAUGAUAUAGCAAGUAUUUUGUAA